CCCUCCCCGCCUCCGGACCCUCCCUUAGAGCCGGCUAGUCUCGGGGAGGCCCCGGGAGGCCGGCGCCCGGCUUGGGGGGCGACCGCCGGCCCCCCGCGCACCUGGCGCCCCUUCCUGAAGGGCACGCCGUCCUCCGGGGCCCGCCCGCCGCCUUCCACCCCCGCGCUCCUAACGGUCGCCCCCGGCCCCCUGCCAAGCUCUGCCGUUGGCCGCUCCCGCCCGCCUAGGGGCCCCCGACCCCACCGGCCCGGGGUGGCCUUGCCCCGCGUUCGCUGGAGGUCUCCCCAGCACGUCUGUGGGUUCCCCUCGGAACGUGCUGGGCCUUGUGGGUACCCCAGUCCAAGCGUUCCACCACUUUGGCCAACAUGGAAGCCUUCCCCUCCACCCAGGCACCUCGUCUGGGUCCUCCUCACCUCUGUUUCUUUUCCCUCCGGCGACCUUAGUGCUGGGUCAUCGGGGUCUCCCUCUUCGCAGUUGCCCGGCCGCGGGAAACACCUUCCUUAGCAGGGGCUGCUUGCUUUCCCCGUCCCCCGGCCAGGCCCUUUCCAGCUCAUGCCCCUCGGUGCAGCAGUUCCUUGUCCACAGCGCUCACACUUUGCCUUUAAAAGAAAAAACAAUUUCCAAGUAACUUUUUUAAAGCCCCUCGGCUCUCUCCUCCGUUAUGCUGUCAUUACUCUCAUUCCCAGUCAGCCUCCAGGUCUGUUGCAUCCUAGGGCCAGGCACUGGGAGAUGCUACAUAAAGACUUGUUGGCCGGAUUGGAUUUUUUUUUUCCAGCCACCCAGUCUUUCUUCCCUCCUGCCUCUCUAAGUGUCCUGGAAGAUCAUGAGCUUUCUCAUCCUCUGCACUGUCCUCCGAGUCCACAUAACAGUUUCAUCUUAGACCCCCGCCAACUCCUGGCCUUUGGCAUGGAAACACCAUCGAUGGUACCUGCAAGGGUCUCUCCUUUGCUGCCGACAUAGAGGAUUUGGGGUCUGUCUCCCCUGUGCCCUUUGCAGACCCAGGCUAGCCAACUCCAAUCUGCUUUUCUUAGAUUGUACGUCUUGGUCCCCUGGCAGUCCGUCAUGCCAUUGGGAAGGAUACGGGAGUAGACCUGGACUUUGUGUCCCUGCCAUUGCCUGGGGACCGGGGCCCUGAGGGUCCCAUGUGGUGAUUAGUCUGCUUAAACUUCUUGGACUGUUUUUCAGCUGUCUGACCCAUUGGUCUUGUGUGGGUUAGCCCUAACUAUAUCUGCGGUUGGAGUUUGGGGCUCAGAACUCAAGGGAGAAGGAAUUUAAAAAAAAAAAAAAAGGCCCACUUUAGAGGAGAGAAGGUGAGAAGAGGCUAGGUGAAGGAUGCUGCAAGUCUAACAAAUGUAAAAUGGCUUCAGACUUAGAAAAUAAUACUUUGAGAGUUUGGGAUGAUUACUGCUACGGUGUGUGCCUUCUCCAGACUUGGAUAGAAUGUCAGGGAAGUCGCGGCACACUGUCGGAGCAGCUUCCCUUCCUUGUUUUCCCAAGGCUGGGCACGUGGGCAAAAGGGACUCACAGGACGUAAAGAGUGAAAAUGCUUUGAAAACGGUUAACUUGUAGACAAUUGCCAAGUGGUGGUGUGAUUUGCUCGGAUGGCUCAGAGAGGAGAGAGCUGGGAUAACUGACCAGCCUCGAGGACUGCGGGCUUACAUCUCUUUUUUAAGGCUUAGCGUCCUCACCCUACCACGCUUGGAGACUCUCCAUCCUGAGAAAGGGCCAAGUCCCUUCCAGCAGGCCCGGGCCUGGGCGGUCACCCCAGUGUUGGGGAACUGGGGACUCUGCUUCUGUGAAUAAGUGGUGCUGUUCUGUGCCAAGGCACAGUGCCCCAUGUCGGAGCUAAUUUUAGGGGUGAUGGAGUGAGGAGAUACUGUUCUUAGCUGAUUGUGUACUGGGACCUCCUGUUCUCUGUCUUUUCCUUCUCACUUGAGUACUGAGCCCCAGACAGCAGGCUCUCUUCCCGCUUCCUGGCGCCUGUUGGAGCACUGGGGCCCAGCGUGUCCUUGCCCCUUUUCUCCGGCAGGGGGCAGUCUUUCAAAAGCAUUGAUUCAGAUGCUUGGAGAGUAAGGGUAGACAGGCCCGAGAAAGAGAAGGGGUGGGGAGGGGACGGGGAGCCAAGUAGGCUGAGACUCUGGGCAGGGCCAGGGCAGGAGAUAGGCUGGAAGGGGCCUGUGAGGAGGAGACCCGGGGCGGGUGGCAGUCCCCCAGCCCUUGCCACCUUCUUUGUGAUAGACAAACUUUGGCAGGUUUUCUUAAAAACAAAGAAAUCUAUUACUUUCUCAAACAUUUAUUCCUAGCAGGAUUUCAGAUUUUCCUUGUGGGACAGUGUAAUUAGGGAAUGGUAUCCCUGCCGUUCAGAGAGGAGAAUGACCCAGCAGGCACACACAUGGCUUUUCUUGCCUUCCCCUUGGCCCCAUAGACCCCAGUGGGCUCUGCCCCUGCUCGUGGUGCAGAGGCGGGCACCUCAGCACUGGCGCGCUUGGUAUCUGGAGUCACAUAGCUCUUGGCUGUGGGGCUGCCCUGUGUACCCCAGCUAGUUGUGACAGCCCAGAAAGUUUCCAGACUUGGCCAGAAGCCCCCUGAGGAGCAGAGAGGCCCCAAGUCCAGAACGUUUUGGAGGGUGGGAGCCCCAUGGUGGCCUGGAUCUGCGUCCCUAGUUCCUUUAGUCCAAGGAAGGGCCCAGGCACCACCAGCUUCUGGCACCAGACCCUGCUGGGGGGGGGGCGGGCAGCAGAAACUCACCCUCACUCUCCUGGUUUCUUCAUGAGAAGAUGGGUGGUAUGGGCUUUUUCCUGCCCUCAGCCUGCUCUCUCCCCACCUGCCUCUCCCUUAUCUUGGUGUUGCCAUACUCAGGCUGCAUGAUCCACUCCCUCUUUGUGUGCCCCUUGCAGCCAGGACACAGCCGGGAUGGGUGACUCGAGAAGCCCAGGGCACCCAGGAGAGCUGCCCUUGAUGAGCCUGGUGGUGGGAGGGGGGGUGAAGCCAUCACUUUAAUAAAAAAUUUUUUUUGUGGCAGAGUCUCGCCCUGUCGCCCAGGCUGGAGUGCAGGAGAGCGAUCUCGGCUCACUGCAACCUCCGCCUCCCAGGUCAAAGCAAUUCUGCCUUAGCUUUCUGAGUACCUGGGAUUACAGGUACCUGCGACCAUACCCAGCUAAUUUUUGUAUUUUAGCAAAAUUUUGUUUUGCCACGUUGGCCAGGCUGGUCUCGAAUGCCUGACCUCAGGUGAUCGCCCGCCUCGGCCUCCCAAAGUGCUGGGAUUACAAGCCUGAGCUACUGCACCCGGCCGCUUUUUCUCUUUAAAGAAAUGUUUAGAAUUGUUUCUGUAGAGUGGUGGUCUUGCUCUGUUAACUCAGUCUGGUCUCGAACUCCUCUCUUCAAGCCUCCCACAGUGCUGGGAUUAUUGGUAUAAGCCAUUGUGCUGGCCAGGCGGUCCCUUUUCUGUUCUGCCCUCUCCCACCUUCAUGACUCCAGGACAGGCUUCUGGCCUUCUAGAAGGAAUGAACUGGAGGAGGCUCAAAAUGGCCUCUCCUGAGGCUGCUUUGCAGGAAUGUGCAGUGUUUUUCUUGGAGUGGGGAAAACUUCAGUAUGCACUGGUUAUCUCCAGAUCCCUUUUAUUCCUUAAAGCUUUUAUAAAAGUGAUGAUUGUCGGAAAAUACACAACAAAAUUUGGAGACUUUAUCUCUGACUGUGCUGUUCUGUGGCACUGGGCACACUCACACCGAAGUGCAGCCAGGACCCCCAGCGGCCCCUGGUUCCCCUCCUCAGUUGUUUAAACCCUUCAGCAGCAGCUCCCUGUCCUCUCAGCCCCUGACAGCCACCCUUCUGCCUUCCACCCGCAAUGGGUGUGACCGCUCUAGAGACCUCACGAAAGAGAGGGAAGGGGUAGCUCUCCUGUGGCUGGACUGUUUCAUUUAGUGUCACAUUCUCAAGGCUCAUCCAGUCCCCAGAUUGCUCAAGGAGGCCACCUGCAGUAAGUGUCAGGCUGGUGGCUUUGCAUGGCGUGGAGCACACCUCCAUCACGGCGUCUAGCUGAGGCUGAGGAGGGAGAGGUCCCGGGGGCGGCCUGCUUGGCCCGGGGUGCCUCUGAGCACUGUGAUUCCCCCAGAGGUGCUGGGACUCUGAGCAGGCCUCAGGCUCUCAUGGGCUUCGGCUUCAGUUAAGGUGACAGCCUUUCCCUCUAGUGGAACCCCCUUCCUCCUCUUUCCCAGACUGCGGCGUCCUGCAGUUGAUGGGAGCUGCAGCACCGUGCCAGGCCAGCCUCCCUCCCAGCCAGUGACUACACAUGUGCAGCACCUGGACCCAGUCCACCCGCCCGUGUCCUCUGCCCUGGGCCCCAGGGAUGUGCCUCCUCCUGAGAGUCCCCUCCUUCGUCCCUUAGAGGAAUAGGCUGCCACCGAGCUCCCACCAGCCUCCGUUACCCUGACCUUAUUUUUACCUGAUGGGGCCAGAGGCUGCUUCCCAGCCGGUAUCCUAAGAUCCUUGUUCCCUUGGUGGCUUGGUUGUUUGAGCCUCCAUUCUGGAUUGGGGACGGUGGUCUGGGUGUGCUUCCUGUGGGGAAACCAGCCUGAGUUGCUCUGGCCCAGGCUCGCCUGCCUGGAGUCCUUGGUGUGUACCCGUCUAUGGCCGUGGAGUCACCUCCUGCUCCUUUUCACUGGGUUUCUCCUCAGACCAAGACCCUGGAUUUGAGUCUCUGAGUAGCCAACAGUGAUCUUUUAUGAGAGAAGGAAUCUGGCUCCCUGAUUUACUUCUAACUCUUCUCUCAGUAACUGGCCUUUUUCUGUAAGUUAUUUGUGGCUCCAGUGACUUGCUUGCUUGUUUUUGUUUUAUCUUUGCCCUGAAUUUCCAUCUUGGCCUCAGCCACUUCCCUCCCCGAGUUCUGUGCUGGGCCUCCUGUCUCAGCCUCCCAGAGCGGGUGCUGGUGCCCGGAGACCACUCUUGGCGGAUGGACCUCUCUGUCAUGCAGGGCAGGACGGGGCUGCUGGCAGAGCCCUGACCUGAACCUCGCCUCCUCCCCUGCUCUCCUUAAGGGUCUUUCCCAGAUGUGAAGGCCCCUCCCAGGCUCUCUUGAGGCCAGACCAAUUCCCAGUGGCUUGGGAACCCUCGUUUACUCCAGCACCAGUGCCUGCCCUCCUGUUUCCCGGGCCAGGCUGCCAGGUCUUUCCUCAUCUGGACUCAUCUCUGGGUAACUCAUGGUGUGAGUGGCCGUGUGGCUGGCUCAGGUGUUUGGAGAGAGAACGCCAGGCCCCCUCCUGCUCACCCCCGGCCUCAGAAACACGCCCAACCCCACAAUGGCAGCAGAGACGCUCAACUUUGGGCCUGAGUGGCUCAGGGCCCUAUCUGGGGGCGGCAGCGUGGCCUCCCCUCCCUCGUCCCCUGCCAUGCCCAAAUACAAGUUGGCUGACUACCGCUACGGGCGAGAGGAGAUGCUGGCCCUCUAUGUCAAGGAGAACAAGGUCCCUGAAGAGCUGCAGGACAAGGAGUUUGCUGCGGUGCUGCAGGAUGAGCCGCUGCAGCCCCUGGCCCUGGAGCCGCUGACUGAGGAGGAGCAGAGAAACUUCUCCCUGUCAGUGAACAGCGUGGCUGUGCUGAGGCUGAUGGGGAAAGGGGCUGGGCCCCCCCUGGCUGGCACCUCCCGAGGCAGGGGCAGUACUCGGAGCCGAGGCCGUGGCCGCGGUGACAGCUGUUUUUACCAAAGAAGCAUCGAAGAAGGUGAUGGGACCUUUGGACGAAGCCCCCGGGAGAUCCAGCGCAGCCAGAGCUGGGAUGACAGAGGCGAGAGGCGCUUUGAGAAGUCAGCAAGGAGGGAUGGAGCACGAUGUGGGUUUGAGGAGGGAGGGUCUGGCCCAAGGAAGGAGCAUGCCCGCUCAGACAGCGAGAACUGGCGCUCCCUACGGGAGGAGCAGGAGGAGGAGGAGGAGGGCAGCUGGAGACUCGGGGCAGGGCCCCGGCGAGAUGGUGACCGCUGGCGCUCCGCCAGCCCUGAUGGUGGUCCCCGCUCUGCUGGCUGGCGGGAACAUGGGGAACGGAGGCGCAAGUUUGAAUUUGAUUUGCGAGGGGAUCGAGGAGGUUGUGGUGAAGAGGAGGGGCGGGGAGGGGGAGGCAGCUCUCACCUGCGGCGGUGCCGAGCGACCGACGGCUUUGAGGAGGACAAGGAUGGGCUCCCAGAGUGGUGCCUGGAUGAUGAGGAUGAAGAAAUGGGCACCUUUGAUGCCUCUGGGGCCUUCUUGCCUCUCAAGAAAGGCCCCAAGGAGCCCAUUCCUGAGGAGCAGGAGCUAGACUUCCAGGGACUGGAGGAGGAGGAGGAGGAGCAGCCUUCCGAAGGCCUAGAAGAGGAAGGGUCUGAGGCGGGUGGGAAAGAGCUGACCUCACUGCCUCCUCAGGAGGAGAAGCCCAAUUCCCCGUCCCCACUGCCCACCUUGGGCCCACUCUGGGGGACAAACGGGGAUGGGGAUGAAGCUGUGGAGAAAGACCCCACAGCGGCCGAUGAUGAUAUUCGGGGAAUCCAGCUGAGUCCUGGGGUGGGCUCCCCUACUGGCCCACCCGGAGAUCUGGAGGAUGAUGAAGGCUUGAAGCACCUGCAGCAGGAGGCGGAGAAGCUGGUGGCCUCCCUGCAGGACAGCUCCUUGGAGGAGGAGCAGUUCACGGCUGCCAUGCAGACCCAGGGCCUGCGCCACUCUGCAGCUGCCACUGCCCUCCCGCUCAGCCACGGAGCUGCCCGGAAGUGGUUCUACAAGGACCCGCAGGGCGAGAUCCAAGGCCCCUUCACAACACAGGAGAUGGCAGAGUGGUUCCAGGCCGGCUACUUCUCCAUGUCGCUGCUGGUGAAGCGGGGCUGUGAUGAGGGCUUCCAGCCACUGGGCGAGGUGAUCAAAAUGUGGGGCCGCGUGCCCUUCGCCCCAGGGCCCUCGCCACCCCCACUGCUGGCACUGGCUCAGCUGUCGCCUGAGCAGGGCAACAUGGACCAGGAGCGGCUGAAGAAGCAGCAGCAGGAGCUGGCCGCGGCGGCCUUAUACCAGCAGCUGCAGCACCAGCAGUUUCUCCAGCUGGUCAGCAGCCGCCAGCUCCCGCAGUGCACGCUCCGGGAAAAGGCAGCUCUGGGGGACCUGACGCCACCGCAGCAGCAGCAACAGCAGCAGCAGCUCACGGCAUUCCUGCAGCAGGCACUCAAACCCCCCAGAGGCGGGGACCAGAACCUGCUCCCGACGAUAAGCCGGUCCUUGUCGGUGCCGGAUUCGGGCCGCCUCUGGGACAUACAUACCUCAGCCUCAUCACAGUCAGGUGGUGAGGCCAGUCUUUGGGACAUACCAAUUAACUCUUCGACUCAGGGUCCAAUUCUAGAACAACUCCAGCUGCAACAUAAAUUCCAGGAGCGCAGAGAAGUGGAGCUCAGGGUGAAGCGGGAGGAGGAGGAACGUAAGCGCCGGGAGGAGAAGCGCCGCCAGCAGCAGGAGGAGCAGAAGCGGCGGCAGGAGGAGGAAGAGCUGUUUCGGCGCAAGCAGGUGCGGCAGCAGGAGCUGCUGCUGAAGUUACUACAGCAGCAGCAGUCAGUCCCUGUGCCCCCUGCGCCCAGCUCCCCGCCCCCGCUCUGGGCUGGCCUGGCCAAGCAGGGGCUGUCCAUGAAGACACUGCUGGAGCUGCAGCUGGAGGGCGAGCGGCAGCUGCACAAGCAGCCCCCGCCUCGGGAGCCAACUCGGGCCCAGGCCCCCAACCACCGAGUGCUUGGGGGCCUGGGCACUGCCCCCCUGAACCAGUGGGUGUCUGAGGCUGGGCCGCUGUGGGGCGGACCAGACAAGAGUGGGGGCAGCAGCAGCAGCCUGGGGCUCUGGGAGGACACCCCCAAGAGUGGCGGGAGCCUGGUCCGAGGCCUGGGCAUGAAGAACAGCCGGAGCAGCCCAUCUCUCAGCGACUCGUACAGUCACCUGUCGGGUCGGCCCGUUCGCAAAAAGACAGAGGAAGAAGAAAAGCUGCUGAAGCUGCUGCAGGGCAUCCCCAGGCCCCAGGACGGCUUCACACAGUGGUGCGAGCAGAUGCUGCACACGCUGAGCGCCACGGGCAGCCUGGACGUGCCUAUGGCUGUAGCGAUCCUCAAGGAGGUAGAAUCCCCUUACGAUGUCCACGACUAUAUCCGUUCUUGCCUGGGGGACACGCUGGAAGCCAAAGAAUUUGCCAAACAAUUCCUGGAGCGGAGGGCCAAGCAGAAAGCCAGCCAGCAGCGGCAGCAACAGCAGGAGGCGUGGCUGAGCAACGCCUCCCUGCAGACGGCCUUCCAGGCCAACCACAGCACCAAACUCGGCCCUGGAGAGGGCAGCAAGGCCAAGAGGCGGGCGCUGAUGCUGCACUCAGACCCCAGCAUCCUGGGUGAGCUGGGCUGGGGCAGGAGCGGGACUUCCUUGGCACAGGGCAGGAGGAGCCCAGGAGAGAGCUCAGACCCAGCUUCUCCCCGGCUUCAGGGUACUCCCUGCACGGAUCUUCUGGUGAGAUCGAGAGUGUGGAUGACUACUGACCAGCCUGGACCCCCAGCCCCUGGGCUGUAGGCCAGGGCGGCAGCGGAGGCAUGGACCUGAGGGUCCCAGCCUGCGGGAUUCCUGCAGGGAGCAGAGGAGAAGGCAGGGGCGGGGUCCCCAGCACUUGUUACAAACACACGAUGCACCUUAACUCACCCACCACGAGGCACUUUACAGACUGGGGGAGGGGGCUUUUCUUUUUAUUUUUUUUAUUUUAAACGACUUUGAAGAAAAUGUAGGAGAAGCAAAAAUAUUGUUAACUAGACUCUAAACACCCCUUCCCACUGUGGGGAUAGUGGGUGUGACAAUGGAAGGUCCACAGAGGUUUUUGUUUUGUUUUGUUUUGUUUUGUUUUGUUUUUUAAGAAAAAAGAUGAAAAAUGAAAAAAAAAAUUAUUAGGAGGCUGAAAGAAAAAACACACUGUUAUUUUGGGGCAGCUGGGGAUACAGGCCCUGUGGACCUGUCCUGCCUGGCCCCCAAGGCCACACUUACCCCCACCAGAAGGCGGGCCAUGGGGUAACUGGAAGCUCGGGGCCAGCAGUUUGCACAGGAGGCCUGUCUGAGCUCUGCCUGCCAGACCCGCAGUGAGCAGCUUCCGUAGCUGGGGCUGGCUGAGGUGUCUGGGGUGGGGCCAAAGUAGCCCCUUGGCUUUGCUGCUUUGGGGGACAGUUGCACAAAUUGGAAGAGCAAUCCCAGCUCCCCAGGCUACCAUCCUGUGCUGGCUGAGGGAUAGGAGGGGAUGGGCCGUGCCAACCUCUGGCUGGCGGGGUAGGGCUGCAGGAUUCUUGACUGUGGCCCUGGUGAGGGGCGUCCCCCACUGCUGCCAUUUUGGGGGAUGCCCUGUGUUUGAACCUGAAAGCCCCAGCUUUCUGCCUUGCCACGUGAAUGUAUUCUUUGGGCCACAAGCCCCCGCCUCACCCCUGCCUGGCUCCUGCCUCACCCCUGCAAGCAGCGGGGGUGGAUGAUUGCUCCGGAGGCUGCAGAGAGAAAGAAGGCUGAGCUGUUCCUCCAGUGAAGGGGGCAGGAGGGGCCUCAAAGGCAAGGAGUGGGUGGCUUUGGGCUUAGGGUUGCAGUGGAGGGGCUGCCACCCAGGGCCCCAACCUGUAGCCAGUUCAUGGGGUAUGGACCACCCAGUUCUGCACCUGAUCCCUCUACUGACCAAAUGGAAGGGGAGCGGGCGGCCUCCCUGGUCUGAUGUGAUGCGCUUUUUACCGUUGGGUUAGGUUGGGGUGAAGAGAAGCUUGCAGCUCCUGGGUCAGGGGAGGCUGCGCCUUCUGUUGCUCACUGACUUCUUAUUCCCGGUCCCCUAGUUGCGUUCGUCUCCACCCGUUUUGGGUUUUGUAAGUUUUGUCUUUUGGGUUUCUCAUCCAGCUCCUCCCAUUGACCUCAUUGCUCAGAGUGCAGUAUUAGGGCAAGGUUCUGCCACUGCCUCCCUCCAUGAAUGUAUUUCUCCCUCCUGCCCUGGGGACAUGGGGAGUGGCCCGUUUCUUUCCCCAUCUAGCCCCAGAAAGAUGAUGGUGUUUGUUUUUUUUUUGUUGUUUGUUAUUUUUUUUUUUUUUUGCACCAAAGUGGCAACUGGGUCAGUGUUGGGGGAUCAAACUGGCCUCGGGGUGGGGGGCCCCCACCUGCCUCUCCCUGGUUCCCACAGUGUUAGCGUCCCUGAAAAGACAAUAUUCUCUAAAGCAAUAAGGGGUGACGGGCCGGGGGGAGUGUCUGCUGCUGCUGGCCCCCAGCUCCCCUUCCCUCUUGCCAGGUGUGGGGGAGACUCCUGUUGUGACUGAAUGUAAGCCCCUCGCCCCUGCCACAGCCAAUGCAGGGGAAGGGGGGGCACUCUUCCUGUCUCUUCCUGCCCCUUCUCCCCAGCUAAAGAGACUUUGGACUUAGGGGGCCCAUGAGCCUGGAGAGGCCUUAACCCUGUGAGGAAGAAUAGGGGGAGCCCUCUCCCACCCCCAUCCCCUUCUGAGAGUGGUCAAUGUUUACAAGCCCCUGAGCCCCCCUGCCCAGGGACUCAGACUCUGUUGCUGUCUUUCCCAGCCCUGGUCUUCCUGGGCCCUCGCUGCUCCCCUGCCCUUCCUGGGGUUGGGGUGGGUGCAGGGGUCACUGUGUUCCCUGUCUGCCUUGUACCCACAAUCUCCCCACCCCCUCUCCACCCCGUGUGACUUCCCUGUCUUUUACCUGCUCCUGUAAAUACUCCCUUCUCCCAAUAAAACUUGGUGUGUGUUCUCCCA